AUGGUACGCCUCUCCUCCCUGCCCCGCCCAGCUCACAUCCCAUCCCAGGCCUUUUCCGCCGCAUACGUGCCAUCCUCUCCCGGCCCAUGGGAAAACAGGCUCCCUUAUCCCGGCUACAUUGCCUACCCCUCCUCCGCCCCCUCCCGUUCCUCCCCUGGCUCGUACGACAACGAGCGGGAUGAGCUGCAGGCUGAAAUAGACAGGCUAAUGGCCUAUACCGCAAACGUACGAUCUCCUUCUCCGAGCGACAGCCUCGUCGAGGACGACACCUACACCCCCCCAAAACCCUCCAACGCUCCCGAUGCAAACCCGACAAAUAUCCUGGGUGUGUUUGGUCUCUCAGUAAGAACCACCGAAAAGGAUCUGCGCGAAGAGUUUAGCUUGUAUGGGCAAGUUGAAAAGGUCGUCAUCGUCUAUGAUCAGAGAACCGGGCGUUCUCGAGGCUUUGGCUUCAUCACCAUGCGAUCAGUCGACGAUGCUUCCAUCUGCAUCACCAAGCUAAACGGCAACAAUAUCCACGGACGCCACAUCCGAGUCGACUUCUCUGCCACUCGCAAGCCGCAUGACCCCACACCAGGUCAAUACUUGGGCCUUCAAAGAGCAAUCCGUAAAUCAAAUCCAAGUUUCCAAGUAGCAAACCCAGCAUUGCUUACAUCUUGA